AUGUUCUCCGUAAAUCCUCGAACGAUCAUAACCUCGAGGCAUUUCGACACUUCUACGGAUGACACAUUAGACAAAUUUGCAGCCAUUAUCAGAAUGAUUCAUGCAGGAUGCAAGGCGCUGAUAAGUAUCAACGUGAGUCAUUCCGGUACUUUAAGCGACAGCACUUUGUCACGUGGCCAGAGAUUUAUAUUAAAUUUCCAAAGUAGUUUCUACACUUUUUCAACUAGAUCUACCCACACAUUCUCAAUUGUCAUCAUGCUAGAUUUCUGGUUGCAGUAUCUAGACAAUCCAACAUUGUCGGUCUUACCUCAUGACUUCUUGAAGCCUUUGAACAGCGAGUCUGUAGAGGCCACUAAGACGUUUACCAUUCCCAAUGCCAAUGAUUUUGUUUCUGGGUUGGCAGUUUUCGCUGCCUUGGUGUAUAGACUCACAGGAGAUGAAGAUGUGUUGAUAGCCACCGACUUGCAAAGUGGCGGUGAGCCAUUCAUUGUCAGACUUGCUAUGGAUAACGCUUUGACUUUCAGUCAAUUGAGAGAGAAGGUGGAGAAGGAGUACCAGAAUAACCAAAAGCACGUCGAGUACCAUAACUUGAACGAUAUUGCUUCCGCAAUCAAAGACAAAAAGCAGCUCGAGACACAGCCGCCAUUAUUCAAGGUGUCGUUUCAGCACUCAAGAGAGUCGCAGAAAUUGGAGACCUCUGUUGAGGGCUCUGUGAGAGAUUUGGCUGUCUUCUUCAACACCAAAACAAGCCAGGUUCACAUUUACUACAACUCUUUGCUUUACCGUGGUGAACGUCUCGAUGUGUUUGCAGAACAGUUCUCGCAAUUCUACACAGCAGUGGAUGCCGAGCCCACUAUUCCAAUUACCAAUGUAUCUCUACUCACGGAUGCUCAAAGUGCUCACUUGCCUGACCCAACCUUGGAUUUGGACUGGGCUGGCUAUAGAGGUGCUAUCCAGGACCUCUUUAUGGAAAAUGCAUUGCAAUUCCCAGAAAGAGACUGCGUGGUUGAAACCAAGUCUUUCAUGGACCCAUCAUCCAAAACCAGAACCUUCUCAUAUCAGCAAAUCAAUCGUGCUUCCAACAUUGUGGGUAACUACUUGAAGGAGAACGGCAUCAAGAAAGGUGACAUUGUCAUGAUCUACGCUUACAGAGGUGUGGACCUUGUGGUCGCAGUCAUGGGUGUCUUGAAGGCUGGCGCUACCUUCUCUGUUAUUGACCCUGCCUAUCCUCCUGCAAGACAAAUUGUUUACCUUACAGUGGCCAAGCCUCAAGGUUUAAUUGGCUUGGAGAAGGCCGGUACCUUGGAUCUGUUGGUGGAAGACUACAUCCGCGACGAAUUGAACAUCAUUGCUAAAAUUCCACAAUUGAAAAUACAGGAUGAUGGCUCGCUUGUCGGUGGAAACUUGCCAGGCACAUCCGGUGACUGUUUGUCAACUUACGAAUCAUUCAAAGAUACCCCAACGGGUGUCGUGGUUGGCCCUGAUAACAACCCAACGUUGUCUUUCACUUCGGGCUCAGAAGGUCUUCCUAAAGGUGUGUUAGGAAGACAUUUCUCCCUUGCAUACUACUUCCCCUGGAUGGCCAAGAGAUUUGGCUUGUCUUCCGAGGACAGAUUCACAAUGUUGUCCGGUAUUGCUCACGAUCCUAUUCAAAGAGAUAUCUUCACUCCGUUGUUUUUGGGUGCCAAGUUGUUGGUUCCAACCUCUGAUGAUAUUGGAACCCCUGGAAAAUUGGCUGAGUGGAUGGCUGAGUAUGGUGCCACCGUUACUCACUUGACACCCGCAAUGGGUCAAUUGUUGAGUGCUCAGGCAGUCACCCCCAUCCCUUCAUUACAUCACUCCUUUUUUGUUGGUGACAUCUUGACUAAGCGUGAUUGUCUUCGCUUGCAAACCUUGGCCGAAAAUGUCUUCAUUGUCAACAUGUACGGAACUACUGAAACCCAACGUGCCGUCUCAUACUUUGAGAUUGCAAGCAGGAGCUCCAACCCAAACUAUCUCCGCAACAUGAAGGAUGUUAUGCCAGCAGGAAGUGGUAUGCACAACGUUCAAUUGUUGGUGGUUAACAGAAAUGACAGAUCACAAACCUGUGGUGUCGGAGAAAUUGGUGAGAUCUAUGUUAGAGCCGCUGGCUUGUCUGAGGGAUACAGAGGAUUGCCUGAUUUGAAUAAGGAGAAAUUCAUUACAAAUUGGUAUGUCGACCCCAAGAUUUGGACCGAAAAAGAUGCUCAACAGAAGAAGCCUGAAGAAGCAGCAUGGAGAGAAGCAGCAUGGUUUGGCCCAAGAGACCGUUUGUACAGAACUGGUGAUUUGGGAAGAUACAUGCCAGAUGGUAAUGUGGAAUGUUGCGGCCGUGCUGAUGACCAGGUAAAGAUCAGAGGAUUCCGUAUUGAAUUGGGUGAGAUCGAUACUCAUUUGUCUCAGCAUCCCCUCGUGCGUGAAAAUGUCACUCUCGUUAGAAGAGAUAAGAAUGAGGAGCCAACAUUGAUCUCUUACAUUGUGCCUAAGGAAUCGCCAGAACUCUUGGCAUUGAAAGACGAUGUUGAAGAGUCCUCUGACCCAAUCAUCGAUGGGCUUGCAUCGUACGGGCCUUUGAUCAAAGACAUCAAGAAGUACCUCAAGAGUAGAUUGGCUCUGUAUGCUAUCCCAACCAUCAUCGUCCCCCUCAAAAGUCUUCCUCUCAACCCUAACGGUAAAGUCGACAAGCCUAAAUUGCCAUUCCCAGAUACUGCGCAAUUGGAGGCAGUAGCUAGAUUGACAGCCACUUCAAAGGGUACUAAUGUGGAUGAACAAGCCUUCUCUGACUUGGAGGCCACAAUUCGUGAUUUGUGGUUUGAAGUUCUCCCAAACAGACCUGCCACAAUUGCCCGUGACGACUCCUUCUUUGACUUGGGUGGACAUUCUAUUUUGGGAACUCGUAUGAUUUUUGAAUUAAGAAAGAAAUUGAAUGUUGAUAUUCCUCUUGGAGCCAUCUUCAAGAACCCAACCAUUGAAACUUUUGCUCAGGAGGUUCAACACACUAUCAAGGGUGAUUUUGCUCAAUUGGCAGAUGGAAAAUCUGAUGCCGCUAAGCAUGAGAUAGACACUUCGGUUUCUUACUUUGACGACGCAAAGGCACUCAAGCAAUCCGCUUUGCUCAAAAGCUAUGAAUCCUUGGAAUCACUCGACUUCUCCAGCACUGUCAACGUUUUUGUGACAGGAGUUACAGGAUUCUUGGGAUCAUUCAUUGUUCGUGAUCUUUUGACUGCCCGCACAGGUGGUAAAUACAAGGUCUUUGCUCAUGUUCGUGCAUCUUCAAAAGAGGCUGGAUUGGAAAGAUUGCGCAAGGCAGGAAAAACUUAUGGCGUUUGGGAUGAGAAAUGGACCGAACAGAUUGAGAUCGUCUUGGGCGACUUGUCUAAGCCACAAUUUGGUUUGGAUGACUCAUCUUGGAAGUCUUUAGCUGACACUAUUGAUGUUAUUAUUCACAAUGGUGCCUUAGUCCAUUGGGUGUACCCAUACUCUCAAUUGAGAGAUGCUAAUGUUAUCGGCACAAUUAAUGUCAUGAACUUAGCUGGAUCUGGUAAGCCAAAGUUCUUCUCCUUCGUCUCUUCAACUUCAACACUUGACACUGAUUACUUCUUCAAUUCUUCUGAUGAGCUCACUUCUAGAGGUUUCGCAGGAAUCUCUGAGGCUGAUGACUUGAUGGGUUCUUCGACCGGACUCGGAACUGGAUAUGGUCAGUCUAAAUGGAGUGCAGAGUAUCUCAUCAGAGCAGCUGGUGAGAGGGGUUUGAAGGGCUGCAUCACCAGACCAGGUUAUGUCACAGGUUUCUCACAGUCUGGUGCCUCCAACACUGAUGAUUUCUUGUUGAGAUUCUUGAAGGGAUGUGCCGAACUUGGGUACUACCCUAACAUUACAAACAACAUCAACAUGGUUCCAGUCGAUCAUGUUGCAAGAGUUGUUGUCGCAACAGCUUUGCACCCUCCUCAAGCUGAUUAUUUGUCAGUCGCUCAUGUGACAGGCCACCCAAGAAUCACAUUCAACGAAUUUGUCGGAACAAUGAAGACUUAUGGCUAUGAAGUUUCCCAAAUUGAUUACCCUGAGUGGAGAUCUGCUUUGGAACGCUUUGUCGUCGAGGACUCGAAGGACUCUGCUUUGUUCCCAUUGUUACAUUUUGUUUUGGAUAAUUUGCCUCAAGACACAAAAGCCCCAGAAUUAGAUGACCAGAAUGCGGUCAAGGCCUUGAAGUCUGAUGUCGCUCUCUCUGGCGAAGAUGUUAGCGCGGGCAAGGGUGUAGUGGAGUCUGUCCUUAGCGUGUACAUCAGCUAUUUGGUGAAGAUUGGAUUUUUGCCUUCUCCAACUGGCAAGGGUGAGGACUUGGUUGACGUUGAGUUAAGUGAAGAGACUUUGGCCCUCAUUACUUCUGGUGCUGGUGGACGUGGAUCUGCUGCCAACUAA